AAAUUUUUCGCUCUACAUUUGCUGCUUUUACAGAAACAGCAACGAUGGUCGUGUCGGAGGGCAGAGAAGCCCUACAAGGAUGACAGGAAGCAGAAAGAGUGUGCUCCAAUCCAUCAUCCUGAAACCAGGUUCCCUCCGCAAACGAUUCCUACCCGUCCAAUUAUGAUGGCGAUGAUGACGAUUGUAACGGAGAAGUAUUCAUGGGUUUCGGAACUGCAAAGGGGGCCCUUGGAGCGCUGCUUCUGUAAAAGAGGGAAAUCAAGAUUAUCCGGCUGGCAAGGAAAUAUGGAAAGGCUGAAUCCACGCAGUGUCCUGGUGACAGGAUCUAAUCGGGGCAUCGGUCUGGAGAUGAUCAAACAACUGGCUGAGAAAAGCAACCCACCACAAUGGAUCUUUGCAACCUGCCGGGAUCCAGAGGGACCACGUACUCAGGAUUUGAGGACUUUGGCCGCUCAGCACCAGGAAAUUGUGAUCAUCCCACUGAACAUUACCGAUCCAUCCAGUAUCAAGUCGGCUGUAACGAUGGUCACGGAGAGGCUGAAUGGAACUGGGUUGAAUCUGCUCAUCAACAACGCAGGAAUUGCAUCCCAUGAUUCCAAAGUCGAAUCUCAAGCACCUGAAGCCAUGGCCGAGGUCUACAAAACCAACGUCAUUGGGCCCAUGAUGAUUAGCCAGGCAUUCCUGCCUUUGCUGAGGAAGGCAUCUCGAGACAGUCCCAAGAAAGGGAUGAGCUGCAGCAAAGCCUCCAUUGUCAAUAUGUCCAGUUAUGCCGGUUCCAUCACGGAAGUUUACCUGUGGAAUUACGGACAAGUUGUUCCUUACCGUUGCAGCAAGGCUGCUCUGAAUAUGCUGACACGGUGCCAGUCGUUAUCAUUUAGGGACGAUGAGAUUCUGUGCGUCACAUUGCAUCCAGGAUGGGUGCUCACAGACAUGGGAGGCAAUAUGGCUCAAAUGACAGCGAGUUCAAGUGUAGCAGCCAUCCUAAACCUUCUGGCUGAUCUUUCUGAGAAGGAAACGGGCACUUUUCUGAAUUGGGAAGGGAAAGUCCUUCCGUGGUGAACAACUUGUUUGAGGAACUGGGCGAACUUGGGCCAAUGUGAAUAUUUAUCUUGUGUUAUUGGUUGAUUAAAUUGACUUUUGUCCCCAAA